ACGGCUCUUGUAAGCAACGGAGACAUCGAUAGCGGGUUCCCCAAAAAUUCCGACGGCAAGAGAAGCUCAGGGUACAAAAAAGGGGGCGCCGAGGGGAAACGAAGGGGAAAUUCCAACGGAUUCUCUCCCCAAUUUAAAUAGAGGGCCAACAGGUGGUGAGAUUUGGUACGUUCUCCUCCGAUUUCUCCCACACUUUCGUCCCUUUAAUCGCGAGAAACCCUCCUCCUGCUCCGCCUCAAAUCUCAGGGUUUUGCCCCUCUUCGUGUCCGGAUUCGAUUCGAUUCGAUUCGAUUCCCCGACCGAAUCCGGCUGCAGUUGGUUGGAAUACGCUUGCAAUUCUUGUUUUCUUGAAGAUUUGUUUGCGGGAGCUGUUGGUACCCCUUAGUUUCUUUGUAAUUCAGGUUGGAUUGACUCGACUUGAAUUGCUAUUCAUAGAAGAAGAAAAUCCAGAAAAAAAAAGUUUGUUCUCCUUUAAGAUUGCAUAGUUUGCUUGAUGGAGUUCUUUAGAGGUGGUUCUUUCAAACUUCAAAGCAUCUCUAUCUAUUGUUAAGGUGAAGUGGUGGAUUUAUUUGUUGUGGCCAGUGCUGUUAUCAAGUUUUAUACAAGACAAAUUUUAGCUUCUCAGAAAAAGGUAACAAAAGCAUAGGAAAGUGGCACGUCACCACUUUUCUAUGCUAUUUUUCAUGUCAUAUUUAUUGGUGGAUGUUGAUGGCUGUUCCUCCUUUGGAGCCAUACAGUGAAGGCCAAACUGACAGACAUCCUUUGCUGAUGGAGCAACCAGCUAACACUAAUGAACAUGAACACAUAAUCGAUAUAUCAAGGGGUGGUUCUGCUUCCACAUCACAAUCUCAUGGGUAUGACCAAAACGACUUGGAUGAAUUGCAUCAUGAAGAUUGGCCUUCAACAAGCCCACCAGCUCUGGUCUCUGAAACAUCUGCAGUGUCGCCUACGGUACCUAAUUCAAGAAAUGCAUCAUUGACUAGAAGUGAUAAUUAUGGUCGCCGUCGUAGAAGCCCUCUGAAUUCUGGUUUGUGGAUUUCGAUUGAGCUUGUUGUUAAUGUGAGCCAAAUUAUUGCAGCUAUCAUAGUUCUCUCCUUGUCAAGACAUGAGCAUCCAAGAGCUCCAUUGUUUGCAUGGAUCGUAGGUUAUACAGCAGGCUGUGUUGCUACUCUUCCUCAUCUUUAUUGGCGUUACAUUUAUCGCAACAGACACAGCUCUGAGCAAGAUUCCGCUAAUUCACUUCAGAAUUCUUCUCAGAACAUCCGUCCUGAAUCUACUCCUUAUACAUCCAUUUCUAUUACUCAACCCUCAGAAGGUGAAAAUGACCAUAGCAGUGCUCCUGUCUCACACGGGCAAAGUAUCCUAACUGCAAGUCCAAGGAUAAAUGCUUUAGUUGACCAUUUCAAGAUGGCCUUAGAUUGCUUCUUUGCUGUGUGGUUUGUUGUUGGAAAUGUGUGGAUAUUUGGUGGGCGCUCAUCUUCUCAUGAUGCUCCUAACCUGUACGGGUUAUGUAUUGUUUUCCUUACGUUCAGCUGUAUUGGGUAUGCUAUGCCAUUCAUUCUUUGUGCUAUGAUAUGUUGCUGCUUGCCUUGCAUUAUAUCUAUCAUGGGCUUUAGAGAGGAUAUGAGUCACAACAGAGGUGCUACCUCAGAAUCAAUUAAUGCACUACCAACCUACAAGUUCAAAUUAAAGCGACUGCAAAAUGGAGAUGAGAGUGAAAUUAACUCAGAAAAUCAAGGCAAUGGUGGGAUCCUGGCUGCUGGUACCGACAAGGAGCGCAUGAUUUCUGCAGAGGAUGCUGUUUGUUGCAUCUGCCUGGCAAAUUAUGUAAAUAAUGAUGAGCUCCGUGAGCUUCCAUGUACCCACCAUUUCCACAUGGAAUGUGUGGACAAAUGGCUAAAGAUAAACGCAUUGUGCCCCCUAUGCAAGUCUGAAGUAGGGAGCUCCACAGACUCUUCAGGGACAGACUCCGGAUAUCAUCACGGUGACAGGAGGGUGGGGAAUAGUGCGGAGCCGCAACAAGGAUUGCAGUAGAUGAUUCUGCUUUGUGAUUUCCAACUGACUGUGUGGAACUGAAAAUUCUUCUCUGCAAGCCUGCACCAUAUGCCGAUGUAUGUGUCAAUGGGUAUAUGGUGAAUGGAUCCUGGCGAUAGCCACAACAUUUUUCAACCAUUGCUUUGGUGGUGGUGGUUGUAGCUUUUACAUCUAUACAUGUCAGCAAAUGUUUUUCACAGAUCGUGAGAUAGGAGGAAUGCUGAAUCGCCCCUCCAUUUAUGCAGGAUUGUUUAUGAGCUACAUUCCGAAGACACCUUUUGCAAGGUUGACUGACAUUUUCAUUCUGAAAUCACUAGUUACAGUUGGUUGUCGGUUCAAUCCAUUUGAAAACAGUUAUUGCUUCCUAAGCAUCAAGAAAGGGUUCAGAAAUAAUGACAGUAAGCCAGAAAUGCACGAAGAGACAAACUGGUUGGCCGUAAAUCGGUAUAUGCUUCUAUUGUAGCUCAAAGAACAGAUGUCAGGAUGACAUUGGAGAAUCAGCAUAAUUUAUUCCCUUAGCUUGUUACUGGAGAUGCUGGUGAAAUUGUGCUUCAACUUUUCCAGCAUGGAAUCGGAGAGAUGGUAUCGGUGUCAUUUCUGUGCAGCUAUUUUCGAAUAUAUGGCCAUUAUGUUUGCUGAAGUUGUUGAGAUUUGCAUUACGUGAAGAAUAUGCUAUUGGAGCAAUGGGAAGUCUUCUUCCAAAAUCUCAUAUUGCUUUAUUGUUUACUGGAAACAAAAUGCACCUCAGUUUUCUUACUUCUUUUUGAGUUUGGAAUGGACUAUAACUCUAUUUUCUUCGGAAUAUUUUCAACACUCCAUCAAGGGCAAUGCUGUUGUUGUAUGUAUUAAAAGCUUGACAAUCAAAGUGACAGGAAAAAGACUAUAACAUAUAUAA